AUGCCAUCUUUGUCCGACUAUUGGAACAAAGCAGAACGUUACCAAAACAAAGUUGCACCAAAAACUAUGAGUAGAAAUAAAUUUGAGCUUAUACUACGAUUUUGGCAUUUUGAAAAUAAUGAUUCUGCAGAUAAAACAGACAGAUUGGAAAUAAUAGCUGUUGACGAAUCAAUGAUACCUUAUAGUGGCAGACUCAAAUUUCGACAAUAUAUUCCGAACAAAACUCAUAAAUAUGGUGUUAAAUUUUUUAAAGUGUGUGGAAGUAAUGGGUAUACAUACAAGAUUAUAAUAUAUGAAGGGGAACAAUCAAUAAAAGGGGAAUCACUAACUGAAACAAUAGUAUCUGAUUUAUGUGAAAAUUAUUUAAAUGAAGGACGAACCAUUGUCACGGAUAAUUUUUACACGUCUGUGCCACCUUUGGCAGAAAAAAUGUUGUCAACAAAUACGCACUUAGUUGGAACAUUGAGAAAAAAUAGGCGAUUUUUACCAGACUGUUAUCGAAAAAAAAAUUAA